AUGCAGGUCGUCUUCGCCAUGAUCUCUGUCAUCCUCAUCUUCAUGCAGUGCAAGCCCACCGCCGCGCUGUGGGACCACAGCAUCCAAGGCGACUGCUGGCCCGAGUCUAUCUUCUACGACUUCUCAUACUUGGUCAGCGCCUACACGACAAUGACAGACAUUAUCCUAGCGAUUGUGCCCAUUUCUGUCUUCUGGAAGCUGCAGAUGCCGCGGUCUACCAAAGUUGGCGUCUGCGUGAUGAUGGGCCUGACGCUGCUGUCGGCCAUCGUGACAAUCGUCAAAGCCACAUAUCUGCCCUUGUUUACAAACAAGGAGGAUCCUCGUACGUUAUCCAUUCCGAUCCCCGCACUCAACUUCACCUCAUCACAUAUUCCAUCCCACAAUGGCAGACAAGGUCAAUGUCCUCCUCUACGGUCUCGGAGCGGAAUAUUAAUCGACAGCAAAAAGCACGGCCAGCACCGCUUCCAUCCGGAUCACGUAAUCCGCUCGCCUUCGGAAAUCGCAGGGCAUCACUUCGACUACAUCGUCUGCACCCAUAAAGCCGUCGACCCGCACGGCGCCAUAAUCCCGCUCGACCCGGUGGUAGACGCGGACACGACCAUCGUGGUGCUACAGAACGGCGUCGGGAACGAGGAUCCCUUCCGCGAGAGAUUUCCAGAUGUUACCAUUAUAUCCGGCGUUGUCUGGGUCGGGGCCUCGCAACAAACUCCAGGGAUAGUACAGCACACGGAUGCCGAGAAUACCGAGCUAGGUCUAUUCCCGAACCCGUCUCUCUCUAGCGAGGUAGAAGAGAAACGACUAGAGGGAUUCACAUCGCUACUCAAAGAAGGCAAAACUCCGUUCCGCACCAUACCUACCAUCCAGGCCGCGCGGUGGGAAAAGGUCGUGUGGAACGUCGCCUGGAACGCCAUCACCACCUUAACUGACCAGGAUGUAUCGGGCUGGCUGGACUCCUCCCCCGAGGCGGAGUUGUAUACCAAGGAGCUCAUGCGUGAGGUUAUUGCCGUUGCGGGGAGUUGUGGUGUUGUGUUGCAGCAGGGGCUGGAGGAUGAGUUGCUGGCUAGGGCGAGGGAGUUGACGAGGACGGGGCAGUUGAGGACCAGUAUGCAGGCGGACCGCGAAGCUGGGAGGAAGAUGGAGAUCGAAGUUAUUCUUGGGACGCCGGUACGGAAGGGGAGGGAUGCUGGUGUGGGAAUUGCACGGCUGGAGAGUCUUUAUGUGUUGCUUUUGGCUAUCAAUAAGCGGUUGAUAUAG